AGGUUAGUCGGGUAGGCUGCAGCAGCCAUGGCAGUGAAUUUCGGUGACUUCACCAGUGGGUUCCGCCAUAAUGAGGUGGUCAGCUUCAUCAAUAAUGAAGUCCUCAGUAAUGGCGGCGGCCCGGAUUUCUAUACUAACUUCCGUUCACAGCCCUGGAAUGAGAUAGAGGACCAGCUUCGGGCUGUCCUGACUGACCCUCAGGUACCGCAUAACCUCAAGAGGGCUUAUACCUGGAGCGCGCUGGCUUUGAGUGUGCGUGUGGCUGCGAGGCAGCGCGAGCAGCAAGUGCCCCAGGUCCGAUGGCUGCAGCAGCGGGUGCAGGAGCGCGAGGCGACUUCCUGGGUUCUGGCUUCCCAGUUGCAGCAGCUGUGCAAGGAGCGUGACCAGGUGGCCUCGAGUCUCCAACGUGCACUGGCCACACUGCAGGAGACAAUGGAUGAGCGUGAUGUGUUGUGCCACCGCCUGCACCAGGUCCAGAGGUCAGCUCAGGCCAACCUACCGCCCCGGGCAAUCAAGCCUGUGCGAAGAGAGCAGCAACAUGGGGCCACAGCGUGGCCCGUGAGUGCGGAGGAACAGGGCGAGGUGGUAGCUACAGGGGCACACAGCAUACCACAUUUGGAAACCCAGAUGGCAUCCCUGGGAACUGAUCUUUACAUGCCAAGGCCCUCGAGUGCCUGGGCCCAGGCCAUGCACCAGCCUCUGCCAAGGCCGUCUCUGCCAAGGCUGCCUCUAACUAGGCUGCCUCUGCCAAGGCCAGUACCACAUCCAUUCCCAGUCCAUGCACCAUUCCCAAUGGGAUUUCCAUACUCGACACCUCUACCACCACCACCACCACCACCACCAGUAGUCAUGGAAGCAGAAGGAGCAGUGGCGGGAAUGGCAGCAGCAGCAGCAGGAACAGGCGUACCCCAGAUACCUCCUUUGGGGAUGUAUUCACCUGGCCUGAGCACUGCAGUGGGAACCCAGGAGGUGAUGGGCCCCCUGACUGACCAGAGUUCCUAUGGUCCCUGCGGAUAUCCUGAGACUCUCCAGGGGGGAAGUUCUCUGGGGGAUAGCACAGAUCACAGCCAAGACAAAGAUCCUGUGUGUUCCCAGAAGGCAUAUCCAGUGAUACUCCAGGACAAGUACCCCCUGGGGAACAGUGAGAGCCACAGCCAAGAAGGUACAGUGAUGCCCCAAGGGAAGAACCUCCUGGGAAACAUCAAAAGCCAUAGCCUAGACAAAGGUCCAGAGAUGUCCCAGGAGAUGUACCCCUUGGGGGGCAGUGAGAUCCACAGCCAAGAAGGUCUAGAGAUGCCCCAGGGGAGGAACCUCCUGGGAAACAGCGAGAGCCACGGCCAAGAAGGUCCAGUGAUGCCCCAGGGGAGGAACCCCCUGGGGAACAGCAAAAACCAUGGCCAAGACGGUCCAGUGAUGCCCCAGGGGAAAUACCCCAUGGGGAACAGCAAAAGCCACAGCCAAGGAGGAGGUCCAGAGAUGUCCCAGGAGAUGUACCCCCUGGCGGGCAGCAGGAGUGGCGCUGUGAGAAAAUGUCCAAAGAAACAACAGCCUCAGGGUCAGAAGGCUGGGCAACCAAAAGGGGUAAGAGCCUCAGAAUUCAUGCACCAGGAGGUGUUUGCCUCAUACUACAAUCUACAGAACUGGUACUGUCCAUGGUGUAGAGCGGCUAAUUUCUUAUGGCGCAAGUCCUGCUAUAAAUGCAAGAGAGUCAGUAUGGCAUUUUCGAGUGGAGGCUCGGACCCACGCCAAACUCAUUUCAGGAAGAAGUUGAACCUGUUAGAAGAUUUCCCAAAAGUCUAA